GGCCUGAGGGAGCGGGGGCUGAGGCGGAUUUCCUCUCACCUUCCCGCCCUUCCGCCGUGAGCGCCAUGGCUUCCCGGCAGCGGAGCCCUCAGCAGCCCGGCGGCGGCGGCCCCUGGGGCGGCCACCACAGCAUCCCGUCUCCAGUCCGUUGGUCAAUCGGAAGAAAACGCUGCGCAGAUGGAAAGCACAGAAAUCCAAAUCAUCUCGAUUCUUCUAUGCUCAAAGAGGACCCAUCGAAAUUCAAAUGUUCAGAUGAAAAUGAGAAUAGGAAUGUAGACAACAGACAUGAGAGCUUUACUACCCCUGAAGGUCCAAGACCCCGCCCAAGAUGUUCUGACUGGGGAAGUGUGGUUGAAGAGGAUGAAAUGAGGACAAAGGUUAAUAAAGAAAUUGCAAGAUACAAAAGAAAACUCCUGAUUAAUGAAUUUGGAAGAGAACGGAAGUCAUCCUCUGGAAGUUCUGACUCAAAAGAGUCAACUGUACCAGCAGAACUAGAAACUGAUGAAAGUGUUCUGAUGAGAAGACAAAAACAAAUCAAUUAUGGAAAGAACACCAUUGCGUAUGACCGAUAUAUUAAAGAAGUUCCCAGACACCUUCGGCAGCCAGGAGUUCAUCCCAAAACACCCAAUAAGUUUAAGAAGUACAGUCGACGGUCUUGGGAUCAGCAGAUCAAGCUGUGGAAGGUUGCUCUGCAUUUUUGGGAUCCUCCAGCAGAAGGGAAUGACUUACAAGACAUUAGUCCUGUUGAUCUCGGUGAAAUGGAGACUGAAUCUGUAGAAAGUAGCUGCGAAUCACAAACAAGCUCUCAGGAUCACUAUGACAUGUAUUCUGGCACUCCCACAAAAGUUAGACAUGUUGACUACCAGGCGGAAGAUGAGUUUGAUUUAGAGGCCUGUUUGACUGAACCACUGAGAGAGUUCCAGCCUCUGAGCUAAUGUUGCCACCUGGAGGUGAUUUUAAAGACGGAAAACACCCUUUUUAAAAAUAGGUGACGUUUUACCCCCAAGGGAGUUGACCGGUGAAAUAUUAGCCAGGUGUGCAUUGUGGAUCGGUAAUGGGAUGUUUCUUGUGAAUAAUUCACAUCUUUGGGUAAUGAUCUUGUUUUCUUUUUAAUUGACUUUAAUUUAUGCAUAAGUAUGGUUUUGCAGGUUUUCAGAACUCAGCAAAAUUCCUGAAAAGCAAACUCUCAGUAACCGGGCAGCAACUUAUCGUUAACUCUUACGUACCGUGAAUCCUUUAAAUGACUUUUCCUAAGUACUGUUCAUUGCCUAUUUAAAGUGCAGCGAAACAUCUGAAACUUCCCUUCUAAUGACUGAAACCUCCUGUUUUUUUCCACCUAUAAAUUUAAUUUUGUUAUUGUCAGUGCCAUAAUGGAGUAUUCUGUUUCAUGCGAGACUUGGGAUUGGAGAGUGAGUCAGUGGGGUUGUUACAAAACUGAGCUUUAAUAAAAGCUGCAGCCUAAAUUCGGUACUGUAAAUAGUUAUUACUCUUCUAGUAAUGUUUGAAGAAGAGUUAAGUAGUGGAAGGUAUUUAGGAUUUUUCAUGCGACCACUUACUCAUGUAAAAUUGUUGUAAUUGUACAGAUAGAUUUUCCCGUUAUUUGCACUUGUAAAAUUCUUGUUGACAGUUCAUGUUUCUAUUGCUUUUGUAUGGGACCGUAUUGCUAAAAUAAAAGGAAAAUAAAUUGUGGACACGUGUUUUUAAA